CACUUAAACAGAUAAUCAGCUGAGAGACCCUUCCACUAAUGAACUUACCACUCCUGGAAAUGAGGCCACCAUCGACUCUCAGAGCUCAACUGCUGGAAGACGUAGAAAUCCUCAUCACAGGCUCACAACUGCAAUGUGGACUGGAGAAGAGAGGGUUGGAAUCAGGAGGUAGUAACCCUACAAGCAGUGAUUCUUACAGUGACCGGGCCUCAGCAAGAGCCCGCCGCGAGGCCCGGGAGGCCCGCCUUGCCACCCUGACCAGCCGCGUGGAGGAGGACAGCAACAGGGAUUAUAAAAAACUCUAUGAGAGUGCCCUGUCUGAAAACCAAAAACUGAAAACAAAACUUCAGGAGGCCCAGCUAGAGCUAGCAGAUAUAAAGUCCAAGCUUGAGAAGAUGGCCCAGCAGAAACAAGAGAAGACCUCUGACCGAUCAUCAAUGCUGGAGAUGGAGAAACGGGAGAAGCGAGCCUUGGAGCGGAAAAUGUCAGAGAUGGAGGAGGAGAUGAAGGUGUUAACAGAACUGAAAUCCGACAACCAGAGGCUGAAAGAUGAAAACGGUGCCCUCAUCAGAGUCAUCAGCAAACUAUCCAAAUAGACUAGGCUCCCGAUUUAGGAGGGAAAGGGCAGGAUUUGCUGCCCCCUCCCCUCUUCCGCAGCCAUUGCCUUCCAACCAAAAGAAGUGACUGUUUUGGUGGAAGGAUAACGUCUUUCUGACCCUCCUCCGGUCACCUCCUCUGCACUGUACAUUUCCUCUGCACUCUCAGUGCCCUGUUCCUCCCAUGCCCCCCACCCCCUGAGUUUUAUGACAGUUUUAAUUGAAGCAUGAUUGUGAUCAUUCGAGCCAUCUGGAGAAGGCCUUGGGGAGUACACCAGGCUCAGCUGUGGACCCCAGCUUCCUGCUGCUCAGCUACUUGUCCACAUUGGAUUUGGUCCAAACAUGUAAGGCCUCUAGCCAAACCAGUACCCCACAGCCUUUUCCACUGACCCAGUGUCCUCUGAUAAAAUAGGUGAGUCUUACGGUGGCCAUUCCAGGAUCCUGUCUGGGAUGCCAAGAGAAACAGGAUGUUGGCAUAAUCAUCGGACAGCCUCUAGAGCUAUGUUUCCAUUAGAUUCCAAGGUGACAAUGACUCUGCAUUGAAGGUCUCUGCUAGUCUGCACCUCUCAGGAACUGACUUUUCUCUGACUCCUUGCUGGUGUUACUGUUACUUUUUCUAUCAACAACCCAGUAACAUCCCUGAUUAGUCUUAAUUCCUAUUCUUCCUUCAUGCCUGGCCCCCUUCCCCGGGGCUCAGAUGACCCUGGCUUCCUUUAUUCCUUUCCUUUCUAUCCUUCUAUUUUCCUUUCUGUCUCCCCUCCACCACCUUACCACAUGGUGUAAAAGCUAGAACAGAGCAUCUGACCUCACUUGUCUUUGGCCAUUAUGGAAAAUCAUUUCUCCUGGGGCGCUCUGAAGACCAGAAGAAUUGCCUUGGCGGCACCACGGGCCCUCUUGCCGAAAAGCCAGACCCUGGCAUAAGUGCCAGCCCCCUGUUCUCACCUCCCACUUGUUUUCCCUACACAGUGAUUUUCUUUAUUAGAAAAUCUGGGCUCUGAACACCCCAUUCUGCCUCACCUCCUUUUGACCUUGUUUUCCUCUCUUCACUCUGGCACCUGCUCCUAAUGAGAAAGGAAGUCCUUGUAAGGAGGCAUGAGAGCUGGGGAGGGUGGAUGGGUGGGAGGCGGACCAGGGAGUGGAAGCAGGUCGGAAAGACAUAUAUGGUGUAAGUAGAGUAUCUGGGGACACUUGCAACCUUGUGACAAAGAAGAUAGAAGAUAGAUCGUGCUGUGGUAAUGGUGGUGAAUGUGAUUAUUUCCGGUGGCUAGAUUUAGGGGAGAGACAUCUGUUUUCUUAGAAGCCAACAGGAGAAAUGACUUCUUGUUAGAGGUUUGAAGUGAUGAGAUCCUCCCAACCCAUUGAUGAGAGUCACGGAAUCUUAGAGUGGCAAAGCCCAGAGGUCAUUUGGUUGAGCUUUCUGUUGUCACAGGGACCCCCACCUGCACCCCACUGCCCCAGCUCUGACCCACAGUCAGGUAGCCGUGCAUUUAUUCCUCGAAAGGUGGGCGACUCUAAUAAGCAGAAAGCUUUUACUAAGGUGAGUCAGGGUCUGCCCCUGGGUGCUCCACACGGUCCAGAGUGCCCUUUGAUGUGACAGCCCCUUGUGUAGUUGGUCACCUCCCCUUAACCUUACUUCCAACUGGCGUUUUCCCAGUCCUUUAAGGCAUUCCUCACAUAGCAUACUUCUCCUGCGUGUCACAUCUCGUCUGUCCUCGUCUGGACAAAAACAACCUUUUAAAAUAUCAUGCCCAAACCUGGACAGAUACUCCGUUAGCACAAAAUGAAACGGUUAGUCCUUGAUGAUGACCCCAGAGUAAUACCUAACGUAUUUGGUCUUUAUAGGCAUUUUCUCCCUUGGUGGGUUUAUUUUGUGUGUGCAGGUCAUUUAAGUCCUCCUCAUUUGGCCGUGGUAUUCAGUGCUUAGAGUGGUCCAUUCUCUUAACAUAUACUACCUCUGUCCAUUUUUUAAUCUCUUUCCCGAAAAUGACAAUGUAGUUCUCCAUGGCCCUCUGAAACAUUACAUGCUCUUUAAACCAGAGUUUAUCAUUCAAGAGCCUAAUUCCAGAAUAGGAAAUAUGUCUCCCCUAGCAAGACCCCAUUUUUAGAAUAUCCAAAAUUCUCUCUUCCGUUUCCAACCAUUUUCCAAGAGAAGCUACUACUGAUUAGGAUUUUGUAUGAGCAUGGGAGCACUGUCAGCUCAGUUCUCAGGGAAGGCUAAAUUAGAGUAAAAUGUUUCCUCACUUC